GCGCCGCCGUCACCGUAUCUAUAGAUAAUAAUAUCAUAGUCCAAGGGGCGGCCAGGCAUCGGCAAGCGGACGUGUUUGCGCAUGCGCUGUGCCGACGACGUAUUAUCACACGCACACACACGCGCACACUAGCACACCGACGGUAUCAUCAAUCGUGUCUGUUUUUCUCCGUAAAAAAAAAAACAAAAUAUAGGUAUUGAAAAAAAUAUCGUAGAGUCGUCGCGAACGGCCGACGGUUGCGCGCGCGUUGCUCUCCGCUAUCCAGGUACGGCGGGCGCGCGAUUAAUUUGUGCGAGCGAGUAAACCGGACGGCCGUGGAGUUUUAAUGGCAGUUAGGUAACCGACAGAGAUUAGACGAUUUUUUUCCAUUCGGGGUUUGAAUUUUUCUUUUUGCGCUGUCCACGGGCACUCGCCGGCCAGCCCUUGCAACACGAGUAUUGAGAACGACUGGCUGCGUGCACGUGAUGAAUGUAAUUUACGCAGACAGUGCCAAACAGACGACUCUUCAGCUGCCACCGCUGUUACCGUUGGCUGCUAGACCGUCUUGGUUAGGUGCUGCCGGCCGACGUUUAGGAAGGUAACCCCACUGACUGGGUGCCAUGCAUCGUGCCAAUGUCGUCGGCGGUGGUGGUGGAAACGGUCGUCGCUCUACUGUGGUCGUUGAAGAGUCUGAUGUGACAGCGUCUACAACAUUUGUGGGUGUAGAUGGACACGAUGAUGAAUUUGCUGUAGAUGACGAGGCAACUACUACAACCCUGAUUUAUGUUAAAAAAGAGAGUAUGGACGAUGAUGAUGACACUAAACAUCAAUUGAUCCACUUGCAGCAUCAACAGCAACACGACACAAACGAAAUAGAAGAUAUGUAUCGUCGUCACCGCCGACCUAGAUUAACUGCUGCAGCCGCUAAACAUCAACAGCUUCAAAUUCAACAUAAUCAGCAAUUUGAUAGUAUCACAUCAUCAUCAGCAUCAACCACUACCACCAAUCGCCAAGAACGGCUUAUGUUAGUAUCAGUUGAUUCUGGUAACGGCCGACACCGACAACCAUCGUCAUCGGUUGCUCAAUUUUGUUGUUCAAGCACUACUGCAGCAGCAGGGAUACAACAGCAACAGCAUCAACACCAUCAUAAUCAACAACAGCAGCAACAAAUUCCGCCUUCUACUACCGUUGUAAUGAUCAAAGAAGAAGAUGUAUCCAUGUCAUCCGUGGUCAGUGGUGAUGGUUUGCAUCACCAUCACCAUCAUCACCAACAACACCAGCACCAUCAUCAGCAACAACAGCACAAUAUGAACGCGUCAGCGGCGGUGACAAUUGUCACUAACAAUAAUAACACCACCAAUGCUACUUCCUCGUCACCACCUCCACCACGACGCCUGUGUCUGGUAUGCGGUGACGUUGCUUCAGGCUUCCAUUAUGGCGUAGCAUCGUGUGAAGCUUGCAAGGCGUUCUUCAAGCGCACCAUACAGGGUAACAUCGAAUAUACAUGUCCUGCCAGUGGGGAUUGUGAAAUCAAUAAACGACGGCGUAAAGCAUGUCAGGCAUGUCGGAUGCAGAAGUGUCUGAGGACCGGUAUGCUCAAAGAAGGCGUACGUCUGGAUCGGGUGCGCGGUGGUCGUCAAAAAUACCGAAGACAGCCGUCUACUCCUAUACCUACUGCGGCGAUAUCUGUUGUCCAAUCGGCACCGCAAACUGUGCAUCAGCAACAGCAAUCUACUGCGGCAACAACUGUCAAUAAUUCUAUUCACCACCAUCAUCAUCAUCAUACGCACAACAAUGCUGCAUCGUCUAUUCAUCAUCACCACCAUCAACAGCAGUCUUUUAAUAAUGCUUUCGGAAACAACAAAAUUAUUACCUCUGGAAAUUAUCAUCACCAUCAUUCAUAUCACCAUCAACAAUCGAAUUCAGUACCUGGCCAAAUGUGUUCAAACGGUACUAAUGGUACAACCGCAGCAGUGUCAGUACAUAGCAACCAACAUCAUCACCAAAGAUUGCAUAACAGUAACGGAAGAGGAACUGGUGGGUGGAACAACAAUAAUGACGAUGGCGUGUGUAUCAAACAAGAGUAUGAGCAGCAGUGUUGUUGUAAUGAUGCUGUAACUGCAGUUGAUACAAUCAAGGAGUGUGAAAAAAUGUUGGAAGCCCUUAGACAAUGUGAACCGGAAAUGCCAACGUUAUUAGGUAGCGGGGACGGAUCAACUAACGCUGCCCUCACAAUGGAGUUUUUUACACAGUCCUCAACGCUCGGGGUACAACAAGGAACAGUGACCGCGGUGACAAUGGGUGGCGAAGACGGUAUAUCUUCAACGUCAUCGCCAUCGUCGACGUCAUCAUCAUCGUCGUCAGCAUCAGCAGCGUCGUCGCCAUCGGUGGCGGCCACUAUGGUAGUGCACACGCUCGCUGAACUAUAUGACAGAGAGCUGGUAAGCACCAUUGGUUGGGCCAAGCAGAUACCCGGGUUCACUGACCUAUCGCUCAAUGACCAGAUGCGCUUAUUGCAGUCAACUUGGGCGGAAUUAUUGACAUUAACCACGGCAUUCCGUUCCUUGGAACAGUUUAAUGGUCAAAGUGGUGACGGAGGUAGUGACAUUAAUAGUAUUGGCGUUGUCAAUGAAGAAUGUAGUGGCAAUGGUCUUAAGUUACGGUAUGCUACAGACUAUUGGUUGGACGAGAAGUUAGCUAAAGAGUGUUGUUCUACAACUAACGGCGCCGCUUCAUCGUCAAAUGGUACGACUAGUGGUACGGGGGUGAUAACAACUCCAACUGUGCUGGACAUUUACAACUUGUCGGCUCAUAUAGUUCGACAAUUUAAGGCAGUAAAUGGUGGAGAAGGCUUGACUUCAGAUCAAUACUAUCUGCUCAAGGCAUUAGUCCUGGCUAAUUCAGAUGAUCUAACAUUGGCAUCAUCAUCUGCGACAACUGCAGCAACCACUGGAAAAAACCACAGUACUAACAGAACAGUGUCUAAAGGCGACGAUGUUGUAGUUCAGCAGCAGCAGUCAGCUGUCAAGCAGUUUCGUGCUACCAUUGCCCGUGCUCUUCAAACCCAUCUAGAGAUGACUGUGGCGGUGGCAGCAGUAUCAAAUUGUUGUUGUUGUGAUGGCGGUACUAAUUGUUGUUCUACGCCAGCUGUAACUAUGGAUUGUUGUGGCAACAGUGGAGCUACCACUGCAGAUGCCAAUGGAAUGACUUCCAAUUGCUGUAGCUGUUGCUGCAAAACUAACAGCAACAACAAUACUGCAUCUAAUCAGCUUGACAACGGUAGCGAAAUUGUUGUCGUUGUUGACAAUCAUCAACAGCAACAUCAUCGCCAGUCACAACAGCGCAUGGAUACCACAGGCAUAUCCACUACAGAUGCUUCUGCAGCUACAGUCGUUGUUGUCGGCACUACCAAUAACAUGGUGAUGGACGAUGAUGAUUGUUGUGGAAGCACACCAUUAGUUGACAACCAACAACACCAUCAUCAUCAUUCUCAUCAUUCAGAAUCAACAAACUCUGCUUCGUCUAAGCUCAUUCAACUGCUUAUGUGUUUGCCCGCACUUCGACAGGCCGAUCAAUUAAUUCGACAGUACUGGACCCGAGUUCACCGGGAAAAUCAACAGCAAUUAGCUGCAACCACUCAACCACUACAACCGCAAAAUACAGUCCUUGCAGGUUCUGGAGUAGGUUUUACCAGGCAAUCUGCGGCCGCUGACCGAUCAUCAUCUAUAGGUAAUGGCACCGGUAGCAGUAGUACAACUGUUGUCAAAAUGAACAAAUUGUUUGUUGAAAUGCUGGAGGCCUGUUUGCGGUAAUUACAUUAUUCAGUGGUCGUCAUAUUGCUCCUCUAUAUUCUGGGUGGUAUCGCGGCAUUAAUAGCAGUGGUAGACAUCACAGACUUUUAAACUACAUAAGAUAAAAUAAAAACUCGUGUAAUCAAAAGAGGCAUCCUGACACAUUUAUUUGGUUGGAAAAUUAAUAUAAAUAUAAAUAGUCAUUGAUAUUGUAUAAUAUAUAAUUUAUAUAUUUCUAUGGAAUUUUAACAACCAAAGACAUGGUAGAUGAACAUCAACUUUUUAUAUGCACAACAUUCCGGGUUAUUUAUCUAGUUUAGUAUGAAAGUCUGUGGGUAGUGUUUAAUAGUUUUACAAUAAUGGUAGUGUUUUGUUUUGUUUUAUUAUUUUUUUUUUAUCAAUAGUUAUAGCGGUGGCAACAGUGAACGUUGAUAUAAGCGUUUAUAUAUUUCCAAUAAAUAAUAAAUUCACUACUGCCAUAUAUCUUUAAUUUUUGUUAGAAUUUUUGUGACACUUGCGUAUCUUUUUUUCAUAAUUAUUUACCACAAUACCCUCCUCUCAUAAACAUACCCAAAUUAUUGUUGUAUGUGUAAAUUGUAUACGAACAUUGUGGAUGUACGUUUAUGUAUUAAAAUAUAAUAGAUAUUUUUAUUAUGACUAUUUUAAUUAUAGACGAACAUAUAUUUUUA